UGGGAGCUCCGCAACCUUAAAAGAGACGGUAAAAAAUACAACGGGAGAAUCACAGAAGGCUCUCAUUGUGGAAUGAUAACGACUAACUAACGGCGUCUCCUGUCAGCUCAAGGCAGCAGCGGUCACGUGACAGCAGCGAGGCUCACAGACUGAGAGAGAACGAACGCGCUUCAUUCGCCAUACUGUGUUUUGUGCCAUAACGCAUUUUUCUCGCAACAUUUUACUCCCACUCGGUGAGUACGUUUCCAGGCCUUUUUGUAACCCUUUUUGUCUUUUCACUUGCUCUUUUUUUAUUUUUCUCUCUCUCCUUUUGCUGGGGUUUGAGCGUUGAGAUUUGAAAAAGUGUUGUUUUGAGGCGUUUUUCGAUCCGUACCUCAAGUUUUUAGUAUGCAGUGAUUCCUAUCGGGGCUAUUCAGUACUGAGUGACACUGGCCAAGUACGUGCUUGCAGUCGUGUGAAAUCAUGCAACUGGUUUUUAAAUGGCCUUGGCAGUUCUAUUUUUACGUAUGCACGAUGAUAUUUGUUUUGAACCCUUUUUCCUUUUUUGUUCUCUGCCAUAGACUUUUGCUGUAGAUAUGCUUUGCUUGUAUUUUGCGCGGUUGUUCGUGAGAGUUUUGUGAUUUUGAUGUCAACGAGCGAAGCAUUUGCUUUUAUUUUGGUCUUUUCUUUACCCGAAACCCGAAAGUCAUUUUCAGACCUGGUGACGUUUCAAUGGAAACUUUUCUUGCAGCUUAGCUGUCACAUUUGUUUAUUUUUGCUGGUUUUUCUUUCCUUUUGAAAUGCCUUAUACUUUUGCAGAUGAUUUUAAGGUGAAGUGAUUUUUGGAUGUGCUCAUUUUUCACGUAGAUGAUGCAAAUUAAGUUGACUAUGAAGGGAAUAAUUGUUUCUUUUGGGAAAAUAUCAAUCAGUGCAUCUUUGCUUUCGCCGAAGAUGAACAGACUCUCCUUUGCAGGAGAAGAAUGACCGGGAAGAAUCAGACCAGCAAUGUCACUAACAAGAACGACCCGCGUUCCCUCAACUCACGGGUCUUUAUCGGCAACCUCAACACUGCCAUCGUGAAGAAGGCCGACAUCGAGGUCAUCUUUGCCAAGUACGGCAAGAUUGUAGGCUGUUCGGUGCAUAAAGGUUACGCUUUCGUCCAGUACAUGAGUGAAAGGAAUGCACGGCUGGCCGUGGCAGGCGAGAACACCAGGAUUAUCGCAGGACAGCCGCUGGAUAUUAACAUGGCCGGAGAGCCGAAGCCGUACAGGCCUAAACCAGGAUCCAAACGACCCCUGACUGCUGUCUACAGGCUGUUUGACUAUCACGGACGGGUGGCUCCUCCUCCGAGGGCAGUGAUUCCUCUGAAGCGUUCACGAGUGGUGCUUCCAUCCACUCGACGCGGGAAGAGUUCGUUCCCUAUUAAAACCUCAUCCUCUUCUUCCUCAAGACCCCCAUCAUCAUCAUCGUCCUUCUCCUUUGGGCUGAAAUUGAAGUCCGAUCAACUCCAGACUAUCAAACGUGAACUGACUCAGAUCAAGAUGAAGAUCGACUCUCUUCUGGGCCGCCUGGAGAAGAUCGAGAAACAGCAGAGAUCUGAGUGUGAGCCUCACAGGAAUUAUGAGGACAACUGCGACUCUUUGCACGAGGGGUCGAUAUCAGAGACGGCAGACAACUCCGGAGAGGAGGGAGGAGAUGGACAGAUGGACGCGGAGGCGGGAGAAAUGACGGAUGGUGGCGAGGAUGACUACGACGAGGAAGGAAGCACUGAUCUGAUGGAGAAUCAUGUGUCUGAUAUUGACAACUAAAAGAGUUCUGCAUUCUGAGAUGAAAUCAGCUCUGCACUGAACAGAAGACAUGAAACUCUGUGAAGACGGACGUCUUCUUCUUAAAGAGCCCAAGAAGGAUCUCGAUUGGCUGAUUAGACAGAGAAAAUAUUUUGACAAGUUUAGCAUCUGCUAAGCAAUAUCACAAUUUUUCAAUUAAUAUCAUCUGGCACAUUCAAUCAUAUAUGAUUUGCAUAACGGCUGUAAAAGGCAAGUAAGUUCACGUUUAAUU